AUGGCACUCUUUUCUCAAACUAGUCAACAUUGUUUUCAGGCUUUGCUAUGGAAAUGUCGUAUGUUUUGGCCUAUUUCAAGAUGCCAACAACUGUUAGCUGUCUCUUUUAGCAUCCCCAGUAGGGAAAAGGCUAGCUAUUUCAGUUAUAUGACCUCUUCCAGCACUGCGUUACCAGUGGAUCCCAAAGGAACUGAUGUCUUUCCUACCAAGAAAAGGUCUGAAAUUUAUUAUGAUGAAGAAAAAAAAGGAUGGGAUGAGGAGACUAAAGAAAUAUCUGAAGGGAAGCUCCACUUUUCUUCCUCUGUUGGAGCUCCAAAGAAACAGUUAAUGAGUCAAGUUCUGUCAAGGCAUAAAUUUACCAACAUACAGCCUCCAGAAAAACCUUUGCAGGCUGAGGAAUGGAACAGACUGAGGGAAAGCUUUCAAUCACCUGCCGUAUUUGAAGAAGUGAUGUUUAACAGUAUGAUCAGGUGCAACAGCCCCAUCGAUGUGGCCAAGUCCUUGCUGACCCAUGUGGCAAAGAAUAAUGGUGACAUUGGCUAUAAUUUGUUGGUCAAAUAUCUGGCAUUGUGUGUCCAGCAGGGGCAGACUUCAGAAAUUCAUGAUGUGUAUGAGAUAAUGAAAACAAAAUUUAAGAUUUUAGAAAGUGGGGCUUACAACCUUAUUAUCAGGGGGCUGAGUAAUUCAGAUCAGUGGAAAAUGGCCUUGACUCUUUUGGAAGAAGUAAAAAAGAUUAUGAUUCCCUCACGGACUAACUAUGAAUGCUGUAUCAAAGCAGCUGGCCGUCACCAAGAAAUGAACCUCGCAUUUGAACUUUACCGUGAAAUGUUGACUAAGGAUUUGGUGCCAACCUUGGAUGUCCUGCAGGCCUUUUUUGACUUCAGCAGGGGUAUGAAAGGUGCCGAGUUACAAAAAGAGCUGUUUGGUAUCCUCUUAUAUUUGAGAAACAACCAAAUAUACCCUCACAAAAUGUUUAUGCGGAGUAUAAAGCUAUGGUUUGAAAGUAUACCAGGAGGGAACUGGAGAGGACAGCUGACCAACAUUAAAGACAGUGGACAGUGCCCAGUUUGCAACCAUCAGUUGGAGGAUAGUGACCUCACUGAAGAGGAGUAUGAUAAUCUCAGAGAAAGAAUAAUAAGAGAUGUGAUACACGGAACUGACACGUUUAGAAAGACAAGCCCACAGGAAUUUGAAGCCUUUCAAACAUUUGUGGAAAACCGACUUCCAUUUGAUAUUGUUAUUGAUGGACUCAAUGUUUCCCACAUAAAACCCAGAAAGAUGCAGUGUGAAAAUCUAUUUGAUGCUGUCAACUGCCUGGCAAAAGACAAUGCCCGGUUGCUUGUGCUCGGCCGCAAACACAUGCUGAUUAAUUCUUCCAAUUGGAAAAGAGAGAUUAUGAAGGAGAUGCAGAAUAAGGCAGACUUCUUCUUUGCUGAAAAUAUCUCUGAAGAUGAUGCCUUCUUGUUAUACGCCACUCUUCGAUCGGGCAAGCAUUGCAAGUUUGUUACUAGAGACUUCCUCCGGGAUCACAAGGCUUGCCUUUCCGACAGUCUGACACGUCAUCUGUUCCGUAAGUGGCAGCGUGGACACCAAAUAGAGUUUUCCCCUUCUGUAGAAGGAAAGCGUAUAAAUUUUUUGCCUGCUUUCCGUUAUGACUGUGUGGUACAGACUACAGGUGAUACAUGGCACAUCCCCUAUAAAGACACUUUUGAGGAAAAAUAUUCAUAUCGAGUACCAAGAAAAUGGCUCUGCAUUCAACAGAAAUGAUGAAGAAUGUAAUUGGACAAGCUGAAGCUACUUUUUCUUUUUUAAUCACUGUUGCUGACUAGGAGAACUCAGCAGUACAAUUAUGGGAUUAAUGUGUGAGGCCUAUAACUAAAGGAAAGUCAGUAACUGUGUUUUGUCAAAAUCAUUCCUGCAGUAAAGCUGUUAACAUCAAUGGUGGUCUGGCAGGGAUGAAUUAGGUCCGUUAUUUCCAUCUUUACAGGCAAAUUCUGUAGCCUCUCAAUGUGUUUUGAAUUAAAACUUGUUUUUCCCUCU